AGAAGGUGUUCGAAGAAAUGCCUAAGAGGGAGGAAUGUUGCGUCUGAUCUCCAAAUUUGCUCUUCUGUCCCGCAAGCCCUUGUCGUCCUCGCUUUCCCGCCGCGUCUCGCCGCCUUCUAACGCUUGCGCUGCACAGAGGGAGAACCACUUCUCGAAUUUAGCUCCCAGGACGAGACCGAGCUUGUCGAUAUGGAGGCGGAAGAAAGAGCUGGGCAAAGAGGGGCUGUUCGCCGCUAAGGAACUGAAACGGCUCCAACCCCAUCCCCUGCGCCUAGACCGAUUCAUCCAGUCCCACGUCUCUCGCCUUCUCAAGUCCGAUCUCCUAGCUGUACUCGCCGAGUUCCAGCGCCAAGACCAGAUCUUCCUCUGCAUGAAGUUAUACGACGUGGUUCGUAAGGAGAUAUGGUACAAGCCGGACAUGUUCUUCUAUAGAGACAUGCUCAUGGUGCUAGCAAGAAACAAGAAAGUGGAAGAAGUGGAGCAAGUGUGGCGAGAUUUGAAGAGAGAACAAGUUUUAUUCGAUCAGCAUACAUUUGGGGACAUCGUCAGAGCCUUUCUGGACAAUGGGUUGCCAUCAGAAGCAAUGAAGAUAUACGAUGAAAUGAGGCAGUCACCUGAUCCACCACUGUCAUUGCCCUUCCGAGUGAUGUUGAAGGGGCUGAUCCCGUAUCCAGAGUUGAGAGAGAAGGUGAAAGAUGAUUUCUUGGAGCUUUUCCCCAGCAUGAUUGUGUAUGAUCCAGCUGAGGAUUUGUUCGACGACGAUGAAGACGAAUCGCAGAGGGAGAGUGACUAUGAUUAUUAGAGUGCUUUGCAGUUUUGGCUUCAUAUACUGUUGGCGACUGAUCCACGAAAAACCAGGAGCUGUCCGGUGGUAUCGUUCGAGUACAUGGGAAUUUGUAUGACAUGAUCCUACAUGAGAUAUGGACGAUGCUCCAUCUAACUCAAGUGUUUAAAGACGAGUGUGGUUUGCUGUCAAUGCAGCUGGUUAUAUGAAGCUUUGUGGCUGAUGAACUAAAAGAGCAUCUUAUAUUCUUAUUGAUUGAGCACAUCAUGAGCUAUAUGCAGGCUGCCACUUGCGCCACCUGAGGUAAAACCUUGAGAGUAAAUUAUGUCAACAGUCACUGCUGUGAGCUGUUGGUGCUUUAUUCCUUUUCAGUUUUAUGCUUUGUUUUGAUGGCCGCGCCCGCAUUCGUGUAGCCGGUUAGUUGUCAAUUGUCUAGCACAAUCAAGUUGUUUAGUGCUACUGAUUAGGAUGGUGGUAGAGGAGCCAUGAUAGUGUAGGAGAUUCAAGAAUCAUAUUUUCUCACUGGUUCCAUUGUCUAUUAUAUCAGGAGAUUCAAGAAUCAUAUUUUCUCACUAGUUUCAAUGUCUAUUAUAUCGGGUAUGUUAAUUUUGUUAUGCCUGG